UGACCGGACCGCGGAGAGCAGCUUCGAGAGGAUGUCCCAUGGAGGUCGAGAGGAGAAAGAACUUGUCGGUGCUGAAUUUGGUUGAGUUUUCGGGGAACUUUCAGAGUCUGUCCGGCGAUAAUAACCAGCAUCCUCUGGGGUUAAAUCACCCUGAAGUGCCAGCUCAAGUCUGAUAUCCAGUGUCAGCAGAUGGUGAUUCCAGGAUGAACCCCAUUAUCUGCCUCCACUACAACUACACAGGGAAGCUGGGCCACCGGAACUGCUCGGGCUCCAGCCCAGGCACCGUCGACGCCAAAACCACGGUGUUCCUCAUCAUUUGCUGCCUGAUCGUCCUGGAGAACCUCACUGUCCUGGUGGCCAUAUGGAGGAACCACAAGUUCCACAACCGCAUGUACUUCUUCAUCGGUAACCUGGCGUUGUGCGACCUCCUGGCUGGAGUUGCCUACGCGGUAAACCUGUUCCUGUCCGGAGAGAAGACCCUGCAACUCUCCACCACGGUCUGGUUCAUCAGAGAGGGCAGCAUGUUUGUAGCACUUAGUGCCUCCAUCUUCAGUCUCCUGGCUAUCGCCAUUGAGAGACACCUGACCAUGAUCAAAAUGAGGCCUUACAACAGCAACAAGAACUACAGGGUCUUUCUGCUGAUCGGCGCCUGCUGGGUCGUUGGCAUAACGCUUGGAGCUUUACCAAUCUUAGGGUGGAACUGCUUGGACAACCUCAGCGACUGCUCCAAAGUCCUCCCUCUUUACAGCAAGAAAUAUGUAGCCUUCUGUAUCACAGUGUUCAUGGGUUUGCUGUUAGCCAUGUCCAUCCUGUACGCACGCAUCUACAUCCUCGUCAAGUCCAGCAGCCGGAAAGUAAGCAAGCACAGCAGCUCGGAGCACGCCAUGUCCUUGCUGCGCACCGUCAUCAUCGUAGUCGGGGUUUUCAUCGUCUGCUGGACACCCGUUUUUAUCUUACUCCUGGUUGACGUGUCGUCUGAGGAGCGCUUCUUCAUCAUCUACAACGCAGAGUGGUUCAUUAUCGUGGCCAUGCUCAACUCAGCCAUGAACCCGGUCAUCUACACUCUGGCCAGUCGAGAGAUGAGACGGGCCUUCCUGGGUCUGAUCUGCGGCGCCUGCUACAGGCAUAGGGGUUCCGCCACAGGCAGCGGGAACAGGCAGUAUUUGGAGCCCAGCCGGAGCCGGAGCAAGUCGUGGAGCAGCCAGAACAACCCCAACCAGCAGCACCAGCCCAGCUCCAGUCAGGCAGAACUGGAAAAGGAUCGAGAGGCAGAUCCCGGCAAAGCCUCUGGGAGGAAAGGAGCCGCGUGGGAAGAAAAAGACUGAAAAGACGGAAAUAAUCCAAUGUGGAGAGAAUGACUGGCAAACAAACAAAACUGGUCCAGAAUUGAACAUUCCUGCAGUGAGCUGUGACCUUGAUGCAGGUGCAUGGUGGCAUUUGCAAUUGGGAAGUAUGUGCAACCUCUGUCAUUGAAAGGCUUCUUAAGAUACUCCCAUUUGACCUUAACCAUAUCAGCACCCAAGUAGAAUACACAUGACGGAUGAGAGGGUAUAAAGAAAGGUAUGUAUAAAGACUAUUACAGGCUUAUUAUCUUGGGGGAGGGGGCAAGCUAAAGUUGUUUUCAUACCAGAAUAGGAAGUGUACAUUUGUUGUUAAUUUAUUGACUAAAAAGUAGAUCCUGUCACUUAAGGAAGGGUUUGAAAAAAGCAGAAAUGGAUCCGUAAGAAAAAGUACAUUUACUCUACAAAAAAAGUAAGAAACGAAAAUGUAUGUAAACGUUGUUCCACAAAUCGCAUAGUCUUAUCUUGUUUUAUUAUACAGUAUUAUAUAUAUUAUGUCUUGUUGUAAAUGCAUGUUGUAGCCAUACUGUAACAUAAGUGUGCUCAUUCAUACAGCAGAGCUGCAGUUUUAGUGGUGUCAGGGCUCCAUCUGCUGGUCAUGGAUGGUACUGAUGCAAAAAAAAAAAGGUAAUGGCCCUGAAAUGAACCAAGCCUGGUCAGUCCUGGGACUACCAUGUGCUGUAAGUUACUGUAGCCAUAUCGGGGCGCCUUCCAGCAUUUCCAUGAGCUGGUCCCAAAUCUGGAUAAUUGCAAAGGGAUUGGGUCAGGAGGGGGCAUCCGCCGGAAAAGGAAGCCGGAUUACGCCUGGCAACCCUUGAAGGGAACAGCCCAAAAGAAAACAUACAAAACUUGGGUUGAGGAGGAUGUAAAUUAUAAGUUAAUUUAUGUUGGAUUUUUUAUGAUGAAAUGACUAGAAUUGACACUACAUAAUUAAAAGUAAACUGGUCGUUUACUUCACUCUCCUUUACCUCAUAGUAACAGUAGAGUAACAUAUUAUUUAGGAUUUAAAAAUCCUGUUCACAGUUGAAAUUUUGAUUAUUUUCACCAAAAAAUGUGUAAUAAUUUUGAUACAUUGAAAUGCAAUUUUAAACCAUUGGCAGCUGCUUGUUAAUCUAAUUUAAAAUGAUUUAAAGGAUUUUUUUCACACACAAACAUGAAAAAAUCUCAGAUUAGGUGUCAGAGAAGAGAACAGACAACAAUUUACAAACUCAGACUUCCAGAUUCCAACUUCAGAAGAGUCCUUUCAAAUGUUACAUAUCUGUCACUGACUUUCUGAAAUCUGUCUUUCAAUUGUUGUAGUUGCCCAAUUAGUUUUUUGAAAUAAAUCAUAUAGUGAUUCCUUUCUGUAUGUUGUUACAGAAACAUUGCCUGAUUGUCUUGAGAUUGCACUUAAGGAGUAGGAUAAUCUGUCGAGAAAAAUCUUUAUUAUUGUGUUGUUGUUGGGAAAACUUCCAUUUAAGUUAUGUGUAACUCAAAGUUACUGGAUCACAAAUUGUUCAGUUUUUAAGAAAAAAACAUUGUAAAAAGUUUAAGCAGGAAUGUUUACCCAAAAAAACUGUUGGUUGUCCUAAAAAUAAACCUAUUUGCAUCGUAUCAUCAUUGGGCGAUUAUUGUGUGUCCGCGUUAGAGAAAUAAAAUUCACUUAUAGCCUUUA